AUGGAAAUGGAAAUGGAGCAGCAACACCAACUCCAACACCAACACCACCAGUCACAGGCACAGUUACAGGCUCAGGCUCAGGCUCAGACCCAGAGUCAGAAUCACAUGCGGCUCCCACCUCCCGUCGAUUUUGACUUCAACGGCAUCGGCAGCGGCAACGCAACCCACGGCGCCACAGACCCAUUAUUCCACAAGUCGCUUCAGCAGUUGCAACCGCCGCCCGAGCAAGCGCAUUCCUCCUCCUUGACGCUGUCGCCGCCAUAUACCAACGCCAGCGCAAGCCCAUUCUACGCCUCCGGCGCCAGCAAUAACAACAAUCACAGCCACCAACACCAAUCCCACCGCCACUCCGAGUCGUCCUCCUUGUCUCCUCGACCCUUGAGCCAACUGCCCGCCUACUCGCCGCCCUCCUACGCAUUCGCCCAGCAGAACCACGACCCUACCACCUUGAACUUUCCGCAGCCUCCUUCAAACGAGCUGGCGCCUCUGCAAUUAAACCCUACCAGCGACCACGGCGUGAAUUCUCUUCCCUCGUUAGCCUACCUCGCAGGCCCACCCACGUCCAACUCCCUUAGAUUCGCUUCAUCAUCUGCAGCGAGCGACACAUCAUUUUCACCUCCUGUGCGACCUCGGCCGUGGCCUACCGGAAACCCAUAUUCAGCGUACUACUCGGGGGGCCAUGCACAGUCGGCUGGCUCGCCUGCGAAGAUGGAUCUCGACAGCUUGAGCAGUGGUACGAGGGGCCCUCUGAGCCCGGAGCCCAUUGGUGGUCGCGCAAGCAGCGUUAGUUUGGAUGAUCCGGAUGUGCGAAUGGCGGCGGAAGCCCUCGGGGAUCUUAAGGCCGAUUUCGUCUCGUCCCCUAAGAACAAGAAUACCCCUAUGCCUAACUCGCCUUCGAAUAUGUUUGGCACACCUGGCCCGCCCGAGCCGCUCCUGUCACUCGUCAUGACGUCGGGCUCUGUGCUCGCGAAGCCAAUUGAGGGCACCGUUUCCGCUUAUAACACCACCAAGAACUUUUCUCCCGGGUUCAUCAAAACACCUGUUGAUUACAUCGAGGGCGUCGUCGGGUCCGGCCUUCAUCUCACCGGCAUAGAGGGCGGCGUGCGGUGGUUCUUUCGCGGCAAGGGCCGACACCAAUCGUCCGGUGAUUUGGAGACAGGCGAAAAGAGUCACAAGCGCAGGAAAGUAGGCAGUAGAGGUAAUUCAACGUCUUCUCCACGGCGAGACUCUGGUGCACCCACUUACAACAGCGCAAAUGGUGCAGAUGCGCAUGGCCAGAUGGACCCCUACGGCUUUACCACCAAGGAUCGAAGGCUCUCCAUGAGCACUAUCGACACAUUGCCGGCAUACGACGAUGCUCGGAGCCCGGCUUAUACAGAGGACGCAGUGGCGCCAAAUGACAAGUCAGAACGGACAGCUUCAAGACCGUCAUCGACCACCCCAACGGCAUGGCAAUCUCGGCUCAUCAUGUCCACCUCUGGUCUCAGUAUUGCUAUGAGUGAGGAAAGCCUGCGUAGCCUCAAGUACUGCCUAAGCUGGUUGCGAUGGGCCAAUGAUCACAUCGGCAGGGUGAUCAGCGCUCUGAAAGACGCGUUAGACAAAUAUGAGAGCCAUCCACAUUUGGAGGACCACGCCAUGAACGACACGGACAGCAUGUCAGGAGUUCAGGACGACGAGCAGGCACGACGCGCAAUCGGAGCGCGCAUCGACGCCCUGCGAACAGAGGUGCUCAAAACACUGCAAGGUGUGAUUGAGACAGUGUCCAAGUACGCUGGCGGCGCACUGCCAGACAACGCGCGAGCGCUGGUCCGGAGGCACCUCACCUCUCUACCCCAGCGAUUCCGCAUCGCCACCCAAGAGUCGGGCAGCAAUGCCAACGGCAACCAGGCCUCGUCAUCCGAGGAAGGCAAGGAGCAGGAGGUCCGCGAUGGCGCACAGCGGGUGCUCGUUCUGGCCAAAGAGGGGCUGGACAUGAUGUCGCAGGUGAGCGGCGUGCUCGACGGCACGAUUGUCAGCGCGGAAGAGUGGUGCGACCGACUCGGCAGGAAGAAGCGGGACCACCAACCAGCGGCGGCCCGUGAAGGUGACCAGCAACAGCACCAACAGCAACAGUCACAGACUGUGCCGUUUGCUGGAGUUGGUGUCGAUGGAGAUGUCAAGAUGGGCUAA